GCGGAAGACGAGGAUGGAGAUGGUGCGGAUCUCAGCGGCGGUGAUGGGUAUAGAGUUCUGCUACGCGGCCGAGACGGCCUUCGUGUCGCCGACGCUGCUCAAGAUCGGCGUCCAGCACCGUCACAUGACCCUCAUCUGGUGCCUCAGUCCCUUCAUCGGCUUCUUCCUCACCCCCAUCCUCGGCUCUCUCUCUGACAACUGUCGCUCCAGGCUCGGCCGCCGCCGGCCCUUCAUCAUCCUCCUCUCUAUUGGUAUUAUCCUCGGCCUGGUGCUGGUGCCCAAUGGGAAGGCCAUCGGCCUAGCUCUUGGAGACGACUGGAACACCACGACCCUCGCCAACACCUCUUCCUCCAACGACCCCUUCACCUCCCAGCAGGUGAGUGAGCUGAUGACGGCUACGGAGGCCGGCUUCCUCAACGCCAGCACCAUCACCCAGGUCGUCACCCAGCUCCAGGACCCCGACAACGUCUCUCUCAUUGAUGCUGGUUCGUCAGCAGCGCCGCCAGGAGUCUCUGAAGGCCAGGAGGAGCAGCAGGAGGAGGACAAGACCGGGUACCAGUCCCACCCGUGGGGCAUCUUCUUCACCAUCGUCGGCACCAUGUUGCUCGACUUCGACGCCGACGCCUGCCAGAGCCCCUCGAGGGCCUACCUGCUCGACGUCACCAUUCCCGAGGACCACGCCGUGGGGCUGUCCACCUUCACCAUCAUGGCUGGUCUGGGAGGAGGCUUCGGGUACGCCAUGGGCGGCAUCAACUGGGACUCCACUCUCAUUGGAGUGAUGCUGGGAGGGCAUGUGAAGGCGGUGUUCACUCUGGUGACCUUCAUCUUCAUCGCCUGCGUCGUCAGCACCCUCUACUCCUUCAGGGAGAUCCCCCUCGACGUCCUCCGCAACUCCACCAAGGCCCAACUCCAGAAGGGCAUGUCGACGGAUCAGCCGGCUGGCCACGAGGACGAGGAAGCCAAGGCCGGAUACGGCAGUAUGAACACAACCGGCCUACCUCCACUCCGGCCUAACUCGCUCCCCCUGGCGCAGAAUGGCCACGACCCGGAUGAGGGAAUUGAAGCCCAGCGCUACCAGGGCUACGAUGGCCAGGGCUACGAGGGCCAGGGCUACGAGGACCAGGGCUACGGUAAGAAGCUGGCCCAGGAGAAGCCACAGCAGGAGACCUCCUUCAGUCAGCAGAACCCGACGACGGUGGUGAAGGCGGGCGGCGAGGAGGAGGAGGAGGAAAUAUUGGCAGACAUUGAAGAAGCAGCGGUGCCCGGAGCGACCCUUCGACAGUACCUUCUCUCCAUCGUGUACAUGCCUAGGUCGCUGCGCGUGCUGUGCCUCACCAAUCUCUUCUGCUGGAUGUCUCUGGUGUGCUAUUCUCUCUACUUCACCGACUUCGUGGGCGAGGCUGUGUUCGGCGGGGACCCGGGGGCUCCAGAUGGCACGGAAGAGAAGGAGCUGUAUGAGGAAGGAGUCCGCUUCGGGUGCUGGGGGAUGGCCCUCUACUCCCUCUCCUGUUCUGUUUAUUCCUUCCUCAUAGAAGGUCUCGUCAAGAGGUUCGGGGCCAGACCGGUGUACGUGUGGGGCCAACUGGUGUACAGUGUGGGGAUGGUGUGCAUGGCCUCCCUCAGGCACCCGGCCGCCGUCAUCCUCUUCUCCUGCUGCGCCGGCGUCAUGUACUCUACGCUCUUCACCAUGCCCUACCUCCUAGUCGCCCACUACCAUGCCUCCCAGACGUUCCAGGCUGAGACUGUCGAAGGGUCAGCAGUACUGGCAAGCAACGGGCCGGAGCAACAGGUGCGCGGCUUGGGGACCGACGUGGCAAUCGUGUCAUCAAUGGUGUUCCUGGCGCAGUUUAUCCUGUCGUCGUGCAUGGGUUCUAUCAUCUCUGCUGUGGGUUCUACCACCGCCGUCGUCUGCGCUGCCAGCGUCCUCGCCGCCUGUGGUGCAGUUACCGCUACACAAGUCGUAUACCUCGAUCUCUAAUACGUUUUCUUUGGUUCAAGCGUCGGCACCAUAGAAAAUAUAUUUCAGCGUAUACUAUUGUAUUGUCUGUUUGGCGGAUGUAGGCAUGAGUGAUAAUUAGCAACAGUAGGAACGCUUUCUGUACUAAAGGUUAAAUUAUAUAUAAAAUCUAUAUACCUCAUUAGGUAUUCACAUUAAUGAUACAACAAUAUGAAACUUGAAUGCACAAUUAUGUGCAGAAAUAAAUAGAUGUAUGUAUUUAUUUUUCGACAGCUAAGUUUGUAUAAGUGUGCUAGCCUAUAGAGAUGUGAAUGAAAUUAGCUUAUCUCACAAUUUUUCAUUCAUGAUCUUGUGCUUUAAGAUUCAUGAUAUUAAGUAAAUAUAGGUUUUAAAUAAGACGAAGUAGUGAGGCCAAUGAUGUGUCCCGGAUGGACUGGUGUUUUCCUGUCCUUUUUUGGGGCACAGAUCCUGAGAGCUGUGAUUUAUUUUAAUUUCUUUACCUGAGGGUCACUCUCGCUAGUUGCCUUGACGAGGACAGGAAACCGGCGGCUUGUCAAAGGUCCCCUCAUUUGUUCUGAUGAUUUUAUCUUUUGUCUCUUAAGCAGCAGUGUUUUGGUAUUCACGGCUUGAGCGGGUAGGGGGUUCCAUGAGUUUAUAACCCUAUGGGUGAAGAACAUCUGUUUUCUGUCUUUGUGGCUUGUUGAGCUUGACUCCGUUGCUCCUUUUUAUUAUUACACUUAUUUUAUUUUAUUA